GCCACAAGCACCGGGAAUGGCCCGGGACAGACGGGGCUGAGGCGGCGGGCAGGGCCCGGGGCUGGAUCCCGGGAUUGUUCCCGGCUGGAUCCCAGUGUGACCCCGGGUUCAUUCCCGGUGUGACCCCGGGUUCAUUCCCGGUGAAACCCCGGGUUCAUUCCCUGUGUAACACCGGGUUAUUUCCCGGUGGACCCCGGAUUCAUUCCCGGUGAGAUCCCAGGUUAAUUCCUGGUGGAUCCCGGAUUCAUUCCCCGCUGGGAUUUCCUUUCCCGGUGGGAUCCGGGUUCAUUCCCGGUGAUCCCGGCGGGACCGGGCGCUCCCCUCACGAAAGCCCCGCCCCGCCCCCCACGAAGCCCCGCCCCGUCCCCUCACGAAGCCCCGCCCCGUCCCCUCACACAGGCCCCGCCCCGUCCCCUCACACAGGCCCCGCCCCGUUCCCCUCACACAGGCCCCGCCCCGUCCCCUCACACAGGCCCCGCCCCGUCCCCUCACACAGGCCCCGCCCAGUUCCCCUCACGCAGGCCCCGCCCCGUUCCCCUCACGCAGGCCCCGCCCUAUUUUGGCCCCGCCCGGCCCCGCUCUCUCCCCCAAGAUGGCGGCGCCCUUGGCGCUGCAGCUGCAGGAGUUGCUGGACCCCCGGCCCGCCCCGCGGGACCCCGAGGACGAUGCGGAGGAAGCAACAGUUGCUAAAGUGAUUGACAGAUUUGAGGAUGAAACCACGGAUGAGAUUUUGCCUGUUGGCAAUAUCAGGAAAAGAGCUUCAGCCUCUCUCCUGGAGGCUGACAAGAGGUACAGUGGAAAAGCCACAUCCAGGAAAGCUUUGCAGGAAGAGCUCUGGGGAGAUGCUCUGUCUGAAGAAGGAUCUGCUGAAGAUGCAUUAGAUGACUGGUACAGUGACACUGAAGGCUCAGAAGAGGAAGACAGUGUUGGCACUAAGGCCAGGGAGAAGCCCAGCAGUGCUGGCAGUGAGCAGGAGGAUGAUUUGGAGGAUGGUGAAGAGGAAGAGCAGCCUGAACAGGCCAAGGCACCAGAGUUCAGCUUCCAGAAUAUCACAGACUUGGAGAAGUUCACAGAGGGGAUGGAUGAUGCAGGGAGCAGUGAAGGGGAGAAUGAAGAUGAGGAGGAGGACGAUGCUGACAUGGAAGAAGGAAGUGAGGAGGAGGAGGAAUUUGGGAGAGAAAACCACGAUGAUGGAAAAGAAACCAAAGACAGUGAAGAUGAUGGGGGAGUGCAGACCUUCUCCAGAGGACAGGAGUGUGCAGAAGUGGAGAAGGGCAAAGCUGUGAGGAACCAGCUAGCCCUGUGGGAUCAGCUGAUGGAAGGGAGGAUCAAGAUGCAGAAGGUGCUCAUGACAGCCAACAGGCUGCCCCAGCCAGACACCUACCCCAGGUUCAGGAAGGAGGGGGGACAGGACUUUGACAACGCUGUGGAGAACUGUUGUAAAGCCCUGGAGGCUUUGCUGAAAGUGCUGGUGGAGCUGCAGGAUGAGCUGCUUUAUCAGUACCCAGGCACGAGGCAUCUGGUGGAUGGAAAGCAAGCAAAAACUGAGAGUGAGGAUGAAAUCCCGAGCAGCAGUGAUGAGGAGCCAGUGGAGAAGGCUCAGGAGAAGAGGAGGAGCCUCCCCAAGAGGAAGCUGAAGUUUGAGGAGUACCCUGAGUUCAUAGCCAAGCGCUACAGGGACUUCAGGACCUACAGGAACAGCACCAUGCAGAAGUGGCACGACAGGACAAAGCUGGCAACUGGCAAAAUGGGGAAGGGGUUUGGAGCCCUGGAGCGCUCGGUGCUGGCGCAGAUGGAGCACGUGCUGCUGGACAGGGAGCGGCUGCUGCGGCGCACACAGACCCGGCGCUCGCUCUACUCUGUGCUGGGCAAGGAGCAGCAGCCCGGGGCUGAGCCUGGGGCACAGGAAGUCCUGCCUCCCUCAGAUUCCAACAGGCACCUGAAGGACAUUGAUGAGGAGAUCUUUGAUGAUGAUGACUUUUAUCACCAGCUGCUGCGAGAGCUGAUCGAGCGGAAAACCUCCUCCCUGGACCCCAACGACCAGGUGGCCAUGGGCAGGCAGUGGUUGGCCAUCCAGAAGCUAAGGAGCAAAAUCAAGAAGAAAGUGGACAGAAAAGCCAGCAAAGGAAGGAAAAUCCGGUUCCACGUCCACAGCAAGCUGGUGAGCUUCAUGGCACCUAUUGACCUCUGCACAAUGAAUGAUGAUGCCAGGACGGAGCUUUAUCGGUCGCUGUUCGGGAAAGCCACAAAUGGAGAAGAACCAGAGCAGAAUUAGGAUCAGGACUGAGCUCCUGGUGCUCUCCCAGCUGCUUCUGCCCUCAGCUGCUCCCCCAGGAGCUGAGCCAGCCUCUGGUUUGUCCCUAAAAUCCUGAAGGAGCAGCAAACCUGGUAAAUCAGGGGGAAUUGUGAGCCCUGUCCAGCCUGGAAUGCUUCCUCCCAUUUUUAAAUAUUCCCUGUAAAUUCCUGACCUUGGUUGUGCAGCCUGGGCACAGUGUGGGGGGAGGGAACAACCCAGCCCCCCUGCAGCUGGGUCCCCCACGGGUUUUUUGUGUUAAAACUUUGGGGAUUUGGGGGCUGGGGGGGGUCAGUGCCCUGUUCUGGUGCUUGGUGCACAUUGGGAGUGUGUGACUUCAUUUUUCACCAGUCAGGAGGAUUUAAAUGUCAUUUCCAUAAUUCACAUGGCCUUAAAACAGAGGAAAGGUGCUCCUGGGCAGGCAGCAGAGCUCCCAGUUCACAUCCUGGCUGUUGAGCUCUCACAGGGACAUUGGCUGCCCCUGGCACUGGGAUGUGCCAGGUGCUGCUGCUGCAGGUAAACCCUGGAUCCUGCACACUCAGUUCUUGCACUCUGUGACAGGAUUGCCAGCACAGGACUGAGGGGUUUGUAAAAUCCCCCAGAGGGAAUCUGGGAGCUGCCCUGAUCAGAAUUGGGGUUUUUCCUGGUGUCACUGAUCCAUCCCACAGUUACCUGUCCCUGCCUGGGCUUUGGGCACUCCAUUAAAAAGGUUUGUGAGCUGCUGGUCCCGGUGUGAUCCCUGCAGGGGGGCCCAGGAGUCCCUCAGGUUCCACAGAAGGCAGAGCAAGGGCCAGGGGAGGCUUUGGUGGGACAGAGCUGCAGGUGAAUCAACCUCUGCUCCUUCCCUCCCUCCCCAGCCCUCUGGUCCAGGCAGAAAAGCACCCAGAUUUUGGGAUGGGGUUGAUGGGAUUUCAGUGACCCCACACCCAGCACAGCCAGGAGCCCUGGGGAGCAGGGAAAGGCUGAUUUUUGUCACCUGUGCCAGGUGAGCAGCCCUGGUUUGGUUCAGCUCAGGCUGCUCCCCAUCCCUUGGGGUGACAAUUCCCGUGGGAAAUCCUGUCCCCAGCACGGGCAGGGUCCCGUGGGAGAUUCUGUCACCCCGGAGCUCUGGGUCGGUGUUUUUGGGGUGCUGGGGCUCUGCCACCCUCCCCUGUGACUCCUGUGUCCUCUGCAGCUCUCGGGGUUUUUUUUUUUCCUGUUCCCUUCCCGGCUGUGAUGUUAAAAGGGUAAUAGGAGCCACUUUAAAUGUGAUAACUUCUCGCCGGUAUUGUUGGAGGAGAUAAGAGCUAAGCACGGCUUUUGAAUUCACUUAUCAGUGUUUGAGCAGCCGCUGCUGUCCCAGCCCUGCCACCACCUGGGCCGGGGGACACGGGGACAGCCCGGCCCGGGGGAGCCGCGGCUCUGACCUUGCAAAGGGCACGGGAGGUUCCUGGAGGAGCAGGGAAAGUGCAGAAAUGCCCCGGGAGAAACGCUGAGUGCCCCGAGGGGCUCGGGCUGUGUCCCCAGAGUGUCCCCUGUGUGUCCCCAGUGUCACACCAGCUCUGUGAUGGUGGCAGGGACAGGCACAGCUCAGUGUCCAUGGACACACAGAAACAACCAGCCUGAUCUCCACCAAGUUUUCCUAAUGCUGCCGAUUAACAGCAAGUGAGAUCUCCCCUCCUCCCCCCACUCCAGUAGAAUAUUAAUUCUUUAUUAAUUCAUGAUACAGCUGCUAAUUAGUACCUCCACAAACGGGCACUGCACCUUAGCAAAGCACUGGGAGGUGUUUGGGGGAUGGGGGUGCAGAGGGAGGGACACAGGGUUGUGUUAAUCCUCUCCCCCAACCCUGCCACAGCCAAGAAUUUCAACUUUCAGACAAACAACUUCAUUUACAAGUGUGUCUCUAAUUAGCUGCAGAAUUAGUAAAGCAGAGUUUUCCCCCCAUAGAUCGGCCAGAGCCCCGGGGGAGGCUCUGGAAUGGAGAGAAUCGCAUUUCCAAUUAUUUUGUUGAAUUGCUAAUUUAGUUAUUGUGCCUGCUGUAAUUGUGAUGGGUAUUGGGUGUGCAAUUCAAUUUGUUUUAAAUAUUUGUGGGAAGGCUGAUCAGUAAUGGAGCUGACCUAUUUCAUGGCCCAAAGUGAGAGAAGAGACUAAAACAAAAAACAGCUACAAAGCCCCAGUUUGUCUCAGUUUUUAUUUUGAUGUCUCUCAUCCCUCUUAAGACUGUUGAUGCAACAAAAGGUUUACAUUAAAAGAUGAUGGCACUUUGA